UUUUCUGCCUUUCUUUACAUAGAGGUCUACUUUUAUUCUAUUAGAGUACCCUGGCAGUUCCUCUGGUAAAAUGGACAAGUUUUUGACCUCAUCCCAAAAAGAUCAUGAUACCUCUCCAACAUCAUCAAAUGAACCAUCUUGUUCAAAAUCUGAACCGGAGCCUAAGCGCAAAAAGUGUAUUUCCGCAGUGUGGACACAUUUUGACAAAUUGCAAACCAAACAACUUGCAAAAUGUCAUUAUUGUGGCAAAGAAUAUAAGACAAGCGGAAACACGUCCAACUUGUUAGAGCACUUAAAACGGGCCCACCCUCUUGCCCAGCAAGUUAAUAACGAAACUACGUCUUCUCAGUUAGAGCGAUAUUUUACACGGACAGACGUUUACGGUCCAACAUCUUCCAAAAAGGAAGCAAUUGACAAAGCCAUUGCUGCAAUGGUCGCAACGGAUUUGCAACCAUUUAGCGUUGUCGAAGAUAUUGGACUUAGAAACUUGAUGAGGGUGGUGGACCAUAGAUACGUCAUGCCCUGUCGAAAAACUCUGCGGGACACGCAUAUUAAAAAUAUGAACGAGAGGAUGACGGAGAAAUUGAAGGGCAUUCUUGACUCCGUUGACUCGUGCGCUAUCACAACAGAUGCAUGGACAUCUCGUGCAAAUGUUAGUUAUCUAACUGUAACGUGUCACUUUAUUUUAAAUUUCGAGCUUAAGACGGCAGUGCUAUCUACAAAGCCACUAAUGGAUGAGACAAACCAUUCAAGUCUAAAUAUUGCCAACACAUUGCGUGAAAUAUGCGAUGAGUGGAAAGUGUUCGACAAACUGCACACCAUUGUGACCGACAACGCAGCAUCUAUGAUUAAAGCGUGCGAAUUAUUGAAAAAGAAACACUUACCGUGUUUUGCGCACACUCUUAAUCUUGUUGUGCAAGAUGCUUUAAAUCUGGAAAAUGUGCAAAACGUUUUAAAAAUCACAAAAAGAAUAGUGUCCUAUUUUAAGAGUAGCGCUAUUGCUUAUGCAAAGUUCAAAGAUGCCCAAGGCACCGAAAAUCCUUGCUCUCUAUUGCAAGAGGUCCCUACUCGCUGGAACAGCGCAUUACAAAUGAUUCAGAGAGUGUUGCGGACAAGAGAGCCCCUAACUGGCACCCUUUUAAGAUGCCAUAAUGCUCCGAUUCCACUGUCAGAGGAUCAAUUUCGGAUUUUGAAGGACUUGUGCUCGCUUUUGGAACCAUUCGAAAAAGCCACAAAACAUGCGUCUGCUGCAAAGGGUGUUACAAUUUCAUUAAUUGCUCCUGCAAUUUUCGCCUUAUCGCAAAGUUUGGAAGAGCUCCAUGAGCAGAUGUUAACACCUGUAGGGAGAGAAACUUGCGAGUUUUUACAGAGCAACGUAAAAAAAAGGCUCUUCUCAUAUGAGAAUAGAUCAGCACCACGCCUUGGAACUCUUCUUGACCCACGCUUCAAAAAGGAGGGUUUCCAAAAUCCGUCAAAUGCCCAGCAGGCCAUGUUGAUAGGAACUGCCAAGGAAUGA